CUUUUCUCAUCACAGAAAUAUUAUAUUUUUGUUCUUUAUUUUCUAUAUAUAGAUAAUUAAAAUGCUAGAAUUUUCUAUAGACAAAAUUGCAGAAUAUUGUAUAAAUUUGUAUGAUAAACUUCCAAAAUCAGGUAAACCAGUUAAAGAUGAAUGGACUGUACUUUCUGGGAUAGUGCAAUUUGAUAAAGUAACAAAAGUGUGCGACGUUGUUUCCCUGGGCACUGGUUCAAAGUGCAUUGGAGCUUCGAAGAUGUCUCCAGCAGGUAACAUCUUAAACGACUCUCAUGCUGAAGUUUUCGCGCGACGGGGAUUUUUAAUUUACUUGUAUAAAAAUAUUGUUCACACAAUAGAGAAUAAGCCAUCCAUAUUUGUUAAAGAUAAAAAUAAAUUCAAACUGAGAGAAAAUAUAGAGUUUAUUUUUUAUUCAUCACAGAUGCCAUGUGGUGAUGCAUCAAUAAUACCCAAAAUUGGAAUAGAAGAUGAUGUUGGUAAUAUAGUUUUAUCGAGCAAGAGAGAUGCUGAGGAAGAUAGCUGUGACAUUGAAAGUAAAAGACAAAAGUUAGAUAUUUAUAGAACAGGUGCAAAAUGCUUGCCUCAUACAGAUCAAGAUCCGAAAAAGCCGGGGGAUAAUUAUCACUUACUUGGACAGGUGAGGACAAAGCCUGGAAGAGGUGAUAGAACAUUGUCAGUGUCAUGCAGCGACAAAAUGGCUCGGUGGAUACAUGUUGGUAUUCAGGGAGCAUUGCUAGACAUGUUAUUGUCUGAACCAAUUUUUAUAAAAUAUUUUAUUUUUGGUUCUGGAGUUCCUUACUGUGAAAAAGCAUUACAAAGAGCUUUUUUAAAGAGAAAUUGUGAUAUUUCAAUAGAAAAAAUGCUUACAUACAUUCCUGAAUUUUACCAAUGUUCAAAAAUAUUUCCUCAUAUACGAGAAGGGGAUUGUAUAAGACCAGCUGCUGGGAGUAUUGUAUGGGUUAAAACAAAACAAAACUUAUUAGAAGUAGCAGUUCAAGGUCAAAAAUUAGGAUUAACCAAGAAGAAAGCCAAUAGUCUCAGCUGCUGUUUGUCUAUUAGUAAAUACAAACUUUACAAACUGUUCCAAGAGGUUUUAAUAAAACAAAAUGAAUUAUGCAAUAACAUUUGUGGAGAAGAAUCUCUAAGAAAACUAGAAUAUAGUAAAAUGAAGAAAAAGUCUGAGAGAUAUCAAGCAAAUUGGUGUGCUACGAAAGAAUUAUUUUUUAAAAUAUGGACAAUAAAGCCUGAUAUGUGGAAUUUUACUUUGAAUGAUCAAUAAUUGUAUUAUAAUUAUAAUGUUU